CAGCCACUAUCCACCACGCGUUUUGUACAACAGGUCCCCGGUUCCCCAAUAAAUUGAACUUUUUAACCUUCCCUGUUGGAGGGCAGAUAACACCUGAUAUGUCUUGUGGAUUUAACUUACUCCACUUCCGUGGAUCACUAACCAUUUCAACAACCGCUCUAUGAUCAGUCCAUUGCCCCAGAAUGUCCUCUUUUAGCGACCUCGAGAAGUCUAUCUCUGAUUUCUUUUCGAAAGCAGGAGCGGGUACCUCCAGGGGUCAAUGUGACGCAUUUGCCAACCGAACAUUUGGAGGGCCAGUUGCUCCGGUUUCGGUCCAGGGCAGUUGUAGCUACACCGUCACGAAUGGUACAACCAUCAUCCAGUUCCGGGAACCAGAAUCGCCGCUGGAUAUACAAAUUCUGCCGGCUGUUCAAGCUGUUCACCCCGGCAUUGUUGCCAACCACUCUUUCCAUGGGACCAUUGGCGAAUCCCCGGCGCUCCACGUUUACUCGAUGGACGUACUCCCCGGAGACAAUUAUUUUGAUAUAUCCCUCUCUCUCAUGGACCAUGACUUGGAUCACCGAUUGGCCACUGUCCAUGGUCUAGCAAGGUUUUUUACACAGUCGUGGCAGAAUGGUACGGGUAGCCGUCCAAAUCCGAAGUCCAUCGCCGCAGCCUUUGAAGUCUGCUGCUCUAGCUUCGACUACCUCCGCCGCAACCUCCCCUCCCGUUUCCAGAACACCAUCACCCAGGUUAGGGACAGCCUCCCGGCCCUUUUCUCUAGAGAGUACCCAUGGGUCCCAACGCACGGCGACUUGAGCGAGAGAAAUAUCCUCGCCAACCCCGCGACUGGCGAGAUUACGGGAAUUAUCGACUGGGCUGAAGCCGGCAUCCUGCCCUUUGGUUUUGCGCUCUACGCGCUUGACAGUCUGCUGGGUUACCUUGGGUGGGUGUUUUAUCACGCCGCUGACUACCUGCGGGAUGAGUUCUGGAGGGUCUUCCGUGAGGUGGUCGGGGGGGUGUCCCAAUCCGAGAUGGAGCUUAUUCAACUUGCGAGACAGGUUGGACUGUUCCUCCGCUACGGCAUCCCAUACAAGCCCGGACGCAAGGGAGUGGUUGGAGUUGGGGGUGCGAAUAAUACCUCCCUCAAGAUACUCGACGGCCUCAUCCCGGCCGAAGAGAAGCCUGCCCCAACACCUAGCGCUCAUGAUGUGACGGUCUAGUUUUCUUGUCAACCAGCCCGGCGCCGAAGGCCAUGGAGAUAGAACGCUGCGAUGGAUUUACGGUUGGGCGUGGGGAUGCAUGUAAUAUCGAGUUACAACGAUGACGGACGCAACAAGUGGGAGGACAAGGGGGUGG